CUUUGUCUGGGGCGACCGUCCACCCGUGAAGGGCGUAUUUUUUGUCAUUGGGAUGAACUUAUCUUUAUUCGGCGUAUCGCUUUUCCAUCGAGGUGCUCUCGUUUUAAACCAGACGCAGUUCAGUUUACGGAAGAAGUUAUUUGAACGCGAGAGCCUGUUUACACAUUUUAAAUGUAUUCAUGCGAGGGAGAAAUAAUCCCAACUUUAAGAUUUUUUGUUUUGGAUUAAGUGAACGGAAAUUUACCUAUUCUGGAUUUAUACGUUUUGAAAAAAUAGUGAAUAAAAAGUGCAAUGGGUGAUUAUAUCGAAAUGAGGUAUGUUUUUUUAAAUGCCUGACUGGAGUAAAAUCUUCAACCAGCGCCGUGGAGCCAAAAUGGGGCAUAUAUGAUUUCAAACAGGAAAUGAUGCAGUAACUCUACGAAUGAUAUGCUUAUGACGUCAGAGUUUUGAAUUUUAUGUGUGAAUUUGAAUUAAUCCAGAAAGAUGGAUAACGACAAAUGGUGCUUUUUUGGAUUUUUAAUGCUAUCUCUUCUCCUGACAUAUCAAUGUCAGAGUGUGUUCCGAUGGAUCAAAGGCGAUAACUUCUCGAAAGUUCAAAAUCAGAUGGAUCUUAUCGAGAACUCGGACUGCAGAGCUAAGUCAAAAGCGGAUCUUACCUUACCCAGGAAUACUGUUUCUCAAAUCCCCAAAUUCAAUGAACUUAGGAGUAAGAUUUAUUACAAAAAUAGAACGGCUUUGGUUCAGAUGCACAAUAUGGCGCUAAACCGGGCCAUGUUCUAUAGCUACAUCAUGCAGAAAAUGAACAGUUCCGAGUCAUUUAAUAUCCAACCAAAUUGGUUACAGAUAUUUAUGUCCGUGACUGCUGACAUGAACGGAAACAAAGAUGUUUUCAACGGUAGUAUGGUUGCUUUUGAUAACAACUGUUACUAUCCAAAUUGGAUGACGAAUUUAAAUUUCAACAACACGCUUCCGCUGUUUGCCGCCAAAUCUUGGCGAGCAGACGACACUUUUGAUAUGGGCGUUAUCUUGAGAGAGCCAACCGGAAGGACGAAUGUUGUUAAGGAUAUUGGUUCCGGUACAAACAUGAACUAUUCGAGUGAAGCGUACAAGAUGAGCCCUUGGUACCAAUUCUGGCUUCCGGAUAUAACCCCUGAUGAAGAUUCGACUCUAAAAUUCACAUAUUCCGUAAAAUUAAAAUAUUCCAAUGUUACGGGUCAAUUCAUCCAUGACGAAUUCGAGACAACCAACUUCUUCGGUCCCAACUCUCCCGGACAGAGCGACAAGGAUGAACGACUCCUUCCUGUACGGUUUACUGAUCCGUACUUUGACUGUGGGGAUUCGAACUAUUGGAUUUUAAGUGCAGCAGCCCCAAUUGUAGACUACAUGCCGAGAUAUUCCAACUUCACUCAUCUGCGAAGACCAAGGUUCGUUGGCGUAGUCACCAUGGAUAUGCAUUUCCAGGAAGUGGAUUAUAACGCGUGCCCAUCGUCUAUCGGAAACCCUGAGCCAUGCUACCUUUGCGGAGUGGCAAGAUGUAAAACCGUUACUACCGGGUGCAAGCACAAAACUGGUCGCGGCUUUAGACGUGGACCCUACAUUUGUCAGUGCAAAUCGGGGCACCACUACCCAUGGUAUAAGAGGGGUCCCUACAUGGGUACAAACCUGGAGAAAGCUACAGAGAAGGAGUUCCAAAAAAGUUACGAAUGUAUUCGUACAGACUUUUUGAGAGUUCCUCCUGUGGUGGAAAAUACUGAACCAGUUUCUUUCGAGGGUGGAAACUCUGGACAAUUCCAGACACAGAACAUACAACGACGAGCUUUGAAAUCUGUCGUAGACGGACGUGAUUUCAUUGAGAAGGUACGGGUGCGUAGAGACGAAAACCAUGAAAAGAUGGAGAAAAAGAAGCGAAAGAAGCGUUCCACCAACUUUGAUGAAGUAUCCAUUGACAAAAUGAUGAAGAUAUUCAAGAAGAAAGCCGCGGUGACCAAAGCAAACUGUCACACCAUGUCGCCAUCUGCAUUGGAGCUACCUGGAUCUGUAGCAUACGGCGCCGACUCUCAAUUCGAAAACCAAGCAAGAAUGGCCUUGCGAAUUUCCCACUUUCUUAGCAACUUUAUGCAAAACACCGCACCAGAUGAAAAUUUCGGAUACAUGAAAGGCGGUGGUCGACUCCACUAUGACCAUCUAUUUGGUGAAGUCAUCUCCAAUGUCAUGUCCGAUUUCAAAAUAGCCUCAAGUGGUAUAUUCUACGAGCCGUAUGUGUUUGAAGAUAUGGAUGGCAAAGCAAGAGAGUUCUUCGGCCCUCUAGCCUACAAGGCAGACGGCAAUUAUUAUGCAAUAGAUACGGCUGGUCUGAAGGAGCGGUACACCGAUGCUGAUUGGUAUCGAGUCAUCAAAGAACGUUGGCAAACGAACACUAAGGGGGUUCUCAAGUACAGGAUGAAGAAUCUGGUCCGGUCUGAUAUUAACGGUACUAGCACCAUUAAACACGAACAUUACCCCAUGGGUUACUUCGCCCCUAGUGUACAAGACGGAUAUUGGACUCGUCCUACAUUUAAGUGUGACGGACGAGUCGACGAUUGGGUGGUCACAUAUGUUGUACCCUUCAUCGGCAAGAAUGGACUCAAGAAGACACUUCAUUUCAAAGGAAUGGUGACAGUAGACGUACCUUUGGAUUUCCUGGAUAUCAAUCAAUGCGCCCAGCCUUUCGCCAUUGCUAACGCAUUCAAGAACACUGCAAGAUGUGACUAUCGUACACAAACAUGCUCCCAAAUCUCCGGAUACAAAUUUACUCGGGGGAACUAUAAAUGCGCCUGCAAGCGAGGUUACGAGUAUCCCUUCAAAGACGGGCGAGAGUGGGUCCAGGGAUCCCUCAUUGAACUCGAGUACCAGAAAAAACAGCAAGGGCUCUUUAACUUGUAUGACGCUAUGAAAUGCAGAGUGUCCGGAGCCACUGGUGUGUCCUACUCCAUUCUGACCAUUACCUUCUUCCUCGUACUCUCUACAUGCCGACAGAAUCGGAUUGUUUUAACUCGUGUAACUCACAAUCAUGUGUUACGUGGUCUGAUCACGUGCUCAAGCUGCUAAAAGAAGACAGACUCUAUCAAAUUGAUGAAAUGGUCCAACACGUGUUUUUAUUCUUUUUUAUGUAAUUGGGUUACUUCGGCACGUGGUCAGAUUAUCCAAUCGCGUUGGUAUUCAAGCAGGUAAUCGGAUUCAUCUAUUACUGAUUGGACAUGUAUGUCACGUGGUUAGGUCCUUUUGUUCAUAAAGAAGGAAGCGGUGUUUACCUAAUCGGUAACAGCCAGUGUGUGUUCAACACUUCUGUGGAAAACAAAAGAUGCCAAAUAUGUGAAAAUACAAAUACUUGCGCAAAUCAGGAAAACACAAAGCAAAAUACAUAUUAUGCAUAAUGAAGAAUUAUGCUAUGCAAAAUGUUCUGUUUCGCAAAUAGAUCGGAAUUCGGUAAUCAUAUUUUUGUAAGCAUACUUUUCGUGUUUCUUUUUGAUAAGCUUUUGGUUUUAGGAGAUAAUAUAAGUUUCAAUGUUGUAUUGUACAAAUAAAGUAAGAUAUCUAAGCAAAUAUUGUAUCGAAAGCAAUGUACUGUAACUAGUUAGUAUCAAUGUGUGAGAGUGAAUGAAUGUGUAUCCUGUAUAUACCAUACAUUUUCAGUCAUAUCAUCUAGUAUCUUCAUUGUAGUUAUGCAGAUCAUAUUUUGUGUGAAAGAGAUACAAUUAUGCAUGGAAAUAUAUAUUCAGAAAGAGGAAACAUAGAAUUUUAAAUAGUAUUAGCUCCCUAUUUUGCAAUGAACAUCUAGACACGUGGACUUAUAAAAAAUAAAUAAAUACCUUAA